ACUCAGGUCAGUUUGCUGAGUGCCGUUUGCAGGUUAUCAGAAGGGACAGCCAGUCUGAAAGAACCCAGGCUCCACAGUGGUAUCAUAGACUGUGAGGAGAGAGUGCAAUCCCAGAGAGGGAGAGGGAGAACAGGGACCACCUUAUCUGACCGAUCCCAGUGACAAGAAAUUUUCUCAAUGAGAGCAGACAACAUCAACCCCAGGACAGGGCUGGUGGUGGCUUUGGUCAGUGUCUUCCUGGUUUUUGGCUUCAUGUUCACUGUGUCUGGAGUGAGAGGGGAGACUCUGGGAGACAUCCCGCUCAUUGCCAUCGGGCCUGCUAUCUUCCUGCCCGGCCUGGCUGCCAUCCUGCUGGCCAAGAAGACCGAUGGAUUCUCCAAGUGGCCGGCAGCCCUGUGUUGUGGCCGGAACAGAAGGGAUACCGAGGGAGAGCUCCUGGCUGCCCCGAGCAUCGAGGGCAGCUGGCAGGACAUGUCCAAGACCUCGACCAGGACCCAGACCCCCGAGGUCGAGGAGGGAGGCUUCUCUGUGGACUCCAGGAGCCUGAUCCGCAAGAGCGACCAAGAGGCGGCCAGGAGAUACUUAGAGACCUACUACCCAUCCGGAGUCUUCUACAACUACUGCGCCUUCGCCCGGCUAUGCUCCAACCGGGACAGCGCCUUCUACACCAGCGUCUACUCUACCCGGGACAGUGUGGUCUACUCCCCUCGGGACAGUGUUCCCUACGGCAGGUAUUACUGCUGUUACCCCAGCCCGGGAGAAACCCAACAUGUCAGACUUUGCUGGGACUACGAGACAAUAGUGUGAGGGAGACUGGAACACCGACGUGUGCAGCCGCUGCAGCCGAAUAGCAACCCCUCCCUUCCCCAUCAAGCAAGCGAGCUUUUCAACCUUGGGGUAUUUUUUUUAACGAGAAACUGAGACCUUGAGUUGGGUGGGAGUGAC